AUGCUUGUCCGUGUUCUCAAGGACAUCCGACGACGUUACACUGGGCUCCAACCACUUUCUGUUUGGGUAAUCGAGUAUUUGGCGCAUUUCGCAGUCAUGAAUACGUCAAACAGACAGCCGUUGCCGCUGGGUCCAGCUUUCAGGAGGGUAUUUGAAGCUCUUGCCACAGAUCUGAGCAAAGAGGUCUCUGUGUGGAACGGUGUAGCAGUGUCUCCUCUAGAAGUCGCGUAUGUGGAGGACUGCAUGAAGCCCAAGUUCUGCGAAGCCGACGAGGUACUGGAACAAGAGGCGAGAGCUUGA